AUGGAAUGCCUUUCCAGAUGCUUGGAUGUGGUUGAGAAGAAAAAAGAGUUCAAGCAUCACCCUAGGUGUAAAAAGUUAAACAUCAUCCAUAUGAUGUUUGCUGAUGACCUACUGAUGUUUGCUAGGGCAGAUAUUCCCUUUGUGUCUGCUAUCUUUCAAGCUUUCACUAAAUUCUCAAAAGCUUCUGGUUUGGAAGCCAACUUGCAUAAGAGUGAUGUGUAUGUUGCUGGUGUUCCGGAAUCAGCUGCAAAUCAGAUUGUUGAUGCUUUGGGCAUAGCUAAAGUGUCUUUUCCUUUUAAGUAUUUGGGGGUGCCCCUUACAACAAGGAAGCUUAGCUAUACUGAGUGCAAACCCUUGAUAGAGAAAACAGUUAUUUUUGUCAUGCCUAAAAAGGUAAUGAAAGAAAUUCAGAAGAUAUGCAGAAUGUUUUUGUGGUCUGGUACUGGUGAAGGUUCAGCAAAGGCUCCUGUUUCAUGGGAAAGUUUGUGCUUACCAAAUCAUGUUCCUAAUGGUCUUACUUGGUCCAUAAGGAAAAUUUGGGCUAAUAGAGAAGUGUUUGUGGAAGCCGGGGAUGCUGAUAAAUUCAUCAAACAUGGAAAAUAUAGCAUACAGAAGAUGUAUCUUAAUUUGAGGAAAAAUGCAAGUUCAGUUACUUGGAAAAGAAUUGUUUGCAACAGCAAAGCUAGCCCAAAAGCCACUUUCAUUGUGUGGUUAGCUCUGCAGAAUAGAUUAGCUACCAAGGAGACUCUGUUGAAAUGGAAUAUGCAGAUUCAUGGUGAUUGUGUCAUAUACCAGACACAGUUAGAAACUCUGGAACAUCUGUUUUUUUAG